AUGUCAAAUGAAGUCGUGAGCUAUGAUGACUUGAGGGAAGACAGAGACUACGAGUCUGGCGGUGUCCAGGUUGGCGAAUACUUGCAGCAGAUGGAGAACAAGAGAAAGGCCAAUUUGCUGCUGGUGCCCACAGAUGAUGAUGCGGUGAAAGCGAAGCUAAGGUCUCUUGGAGAGCCCAUCACUUAUUUUGGAGAGGAUAAGGCUGAUAGAAGACAAAGGCUUGUUGAUUUGGUAAUGAAUAACAACAUUGAUCUCGCUGCAAAUGACGUGGAGAUGGGUGAAGUUGAUGACGAUGAUGAUAUUGAAGAUGAAGAGUUUUACACACCAGGUUCUCAAGAAUUACUAUCAGCAAGACAAUUCAUAACGACUUUUUCAUUGGAAAAGGCUCAAGCAAGAAUAUCAAAUCAAUUAAAAGAAUCAUCAGUUUCGAUGACCAAACAAUUGACGAUAAGGCGUGGUAUCAAUGAUCGAGUGAAGACAUUUGAACUUGGUGGUUCACAAUUGGCAUCAACAAGACCUAUUUCAUAUGUUACAAUCAACCAAAAUAACACUGACCAGAUAUUAUCAGGUUCAUGGUCAGGUAAUAUUAAAUUGUUGAAUAAAAAACUUGAAAUUCUAAAAGAAUUUAAUGGAGAUGAAGGAAAAAUCAGUGGAUUAGAUUGGUCACCAACCACACCAAAUCUAUUUGUGGGAUCAGGGAAUACAAUUUCAUUAUGGAAUACAGAAUCUGAGGAAGAACAUCCAACUGCUACUUUUAAUGGCCACGAUAAUAGAAUUGUCCGUACUAAAUUCCAUCCAUCAGGUAAAUACAUUGCAAGUGCAUCUUUUGAUCAAACCUGGAGAUUAUGGGAUGUUGAAACUCAACAACAAUUAUUGUUACAAGAGGGACACUCAAAAGAAGUUUAUACACUUGGAUUUCAGAAUGAUGGUGCUUUACUUGCAAGUGCUGGUCUUGAUGCGAUGGGGUAUGUAUGGGAUCUUAGAAUUGGGAAAUCAAUAAUGAUUUUGAAUGGCCAUAUUAAGCCGAUAUAUGGAUUGGAUUGGUGUGAUAAUGCUUAUCAAAUUGCUACAGGGAGUGCUGAUGGGUCGAUAAAGAUAUGGGAUUUAAGAAUGUCCAAGGAUAUUUUCACGGUCCCUGCUCAUAAUAAGAUUGUUUCAGAAGUUAAAUUUCACGACAAAGUUUUAGCGUCAAGUUCAUAUGAUGGAACUGUGAAGUUAUAUAGUGCUGAUAAUUGGGUUACUUUGCACACUUUAGAAGGACAUUCUGAUAAGGUGAUGAGUGUGGAUUUGACAAAUGACUAUAUAGUUAGUAGUGGUUGGGAUAGAUCAGUGAAGAUAUGGGCUCCUGAAUAA